CCCGAAAUGCUGUUUGCACCCUUUGGAGCGGGCAUCGUGUACGUGGACCGCCGCGUUGUCCUAUAUGGCUUGAUCCGUCCGCUAGGAGAUGAUACGAUAGCUCUGAAGGCGGGACCGCAAUUGGAAUCUCAAUAAGUUGUGCUCCAGCGUCCCACUCCAUCUCCCACUCCUCCCUAUAUUAACCCGCUCUCAAUGGCGUACUACCCCCAAUCCACCUCGUACUACACCCCAGCUGCGUAUCCCUACGCGUACCAAUACGCCCAGCCCAGCGUAGCCAUGCCCUCCUACUACACCUCUUCCUCCUCCCACCCCCGCCGCUCGCGCUCGCAGUCCUACUCCCAAUCGCACGCGCCGUCCUACGUGCAGAUGCCCGCCUCGCACUCGUACGGCUACGCGCAGCCGCAACCACAGCCGCAGCCGCAACCGCAGGUGUACUACGCCUACGCCCCGAGCAAGUACCCCCAGGCCACCGCGCAGUACCCACAGGGCACCUACUAUGAUGCGGGUCGAGGCACCCACGGCCGCCCUCGCUACCACAGCACGUCCGGGCACAGCGGCGGGUACUACCCCUCCGCGAGCUCGCACGGCCAUCGCAGCUCGUCCACAGGCGGACGCCGCCGCUCCCAGUCCGCGACGCGCUACAGCACGCAGCCCGUCUAUACAACGAGCAGCGCGCAUCACAGCGUCCUCCACUCGACACACCCCUCGCAGUACCGCGACCGGCGGUACUCUGCCUCCGCCGAGCCCAGCGUCGGCGACCGCUUCCGCCGGUUCUUCGGCAUGCACCCCUCCGCGGACGGCUACGCCCACCACCCAGGGUACGUCGACGCCCACACAGGCCGCACCGUCGACUGGCGCGGCCGGCCCAUCUACCGGGUCUGAAGCCGGCCUGCUCCCGUCUCCUUCCGUCCCCCAUCCAUCACCUCUUGCACCCCUACACGUUUUACUGUUACAAGUUCUUACUUCCCCCGUACCAGAACCUAGGUGGCCCCCGAAUAUCCGAAGGCGCUGGUCCGCCCGAGCCUCGAUCGCCUCGUUGAACGUGCCUGCUCCGAGUCCUCCGCUUUUACCCAUGCAUACCGAUGAUCCUUGCACGCUCUAGACGGUUCUGCAUAUAAUUGCUUAAAUUUGAUGGAAUCCUUCAUCCGCAGGUGCAUGUAAUAUGUACCUGUCGGGACUUUUUGUGCGCACAUUUUGUAUGGUAUUGCUCCAGCUCUGGAAUGUUCUGCUACUGUACGUGUAAUGCUUCGCUCUCCGGUAGUGUACGUGUCCGCGUCCGUGUCUGCACGCGUGUAUCGAUGUAAUCAACCGAGCAAGUUCGCCCGUAUACAUGGGGUUUGCAGUCCCUCCGAAUCCGACGUGC